CCAAAUCCACACCCCUCUCUGCCGCAACUCGUCUGUCACCACAUCUCGUCCGUCGCAGCCGCCGCCGUCAAUCGUUCGACAUCUUGCUGUUUCUCACUCGAAGUCUGCGCCGCCACCGCUCGUUUGACAUCUGCCUCCACGUCUUGGUUGAAUGGUCGAAGCCUGCUGCCGCUGUUCAUUCAUCGUCCGCUGUAGGAGGCCGGUGCCAGCUCUCUUCAUCUCCACCUUAGCUUCUCUCAAGUAGCUUCAGGCUUAUCCAGGAGCUGUUGUUCAAGAAGGUGAUUAAGAGGGAAACGUUUGUUGUGGUCUUGAACAUGCAAGUUUACCUAUCAUUCAUUGCGAAUUGCUGCUGCGUGGUUGGACUUUUUGGUAGCGGGGAAUGGAGGAGUUUAAAGGGGGAGAUGAAUGGUUUUGGGAAGGGGAAGGUGUCAUAUGUUAUGACACUGGUUUGGAUAGCUUUGUCAUGGCAAAUGGAUGGAGUUAAGUUCAUUGCUUUGCUCCUUGCGCUAUGGGGAUUCCUCUCUUACCUUUAUCAGCACCACCUUGAUGAUUCCAAACCACCUUCUGUAGUAUACAGAGAAAGAAUGACCAAAUUAUUAUUUAUUUUUUAUACUAAAUGGUAGAUAACGAAUUUAGAGUUGAAGUAAGAGCGCCGCAUUGCAAAAAGGGGGCCAAGGGCAGUGAUUCACGACUCUCUUCGGCAGACAAAAGCAACAAGGAAUUGAAAAAGGACAACUUCCCAGUAAUGCAUCUCAGCAACGAUAAAUAGAAAGAAGAUUUCAGCAAGAAUUUAUAGGUUGCUUCCGCUCUGCAUUUCUCCUCAGCCAUGGAAAACGUUACCUUCCUGCGUCCUGUGGUGCAUGUUUGAAACAGAAAAGACACAUGGAGGCUUGUCAACAGAUGUCGAAUAAGAGUUUGAGUCACAAGAUGGCCGGAAUAUGUAACAUAUGAAGAAGUCAUUUAUAGUUGGAUCAGGAUUUGAAGAUUUUGUACUUGAGACAGAAGAUGAUUCUACUUUGACAAUGAUAAUGAUGAUGACGAAGAGUUGCAACAGUGAGAAGAAAAUAACAGAGAUGGUCAUCGCUAAUCUUGAUUUCUGGAUAUAGCCCCGAAUUAAAUAAAGCAACCCGAAAUUGAAAGAAGAAAAAAGCGGAGGAAAGAAUUAAAAAGCACGGGCAGAAGAGAAAGGAGAUGCGUGAGAAGAAAGAUCAGGGAGUGGGAAAUGAUGGAAUGACAUGAAAGGGUUGGGGCUGGGGUAGGAAAUGGUGGAAUGACA